UGACCCAAAACUUAUGUAAGCUCUGCUGCUCUUGCAGGUAUUUUGACCCAGCCACCGGUAAAUUCAGCAAGUCUGCCAACAGCCCUGAUGGAAAGAAACUGCCCCGGACCUUCGCGCAGCUCAUCCUGGAUCCCAUCUUCAAGGUGUUCGAUGCCAUCAUGAACUUCAAGAAGGAGGAAACCGCCAAGCUGAUCGAGAAGCUGGACAUCAAGCUGGACACCGAGGACAAGGAUAAGGAAGGCAAGCAGCUGCUGAAGGCU